CGUAAACCUAACCUAAUUUACUUGUCAAAGUAGAUGAAAACAUUUUGUUUUGCAUCACAGCCUAUUCAUCAUGAGUUUAUCAAACAGACCUAAAACCAGUAUUCUGGAUAAGCCUCUGAGCAAAGGGAAAGGAGAGGUGUCCUUAAGCUGCUUUGCUUUGUUGUUCUCGGAGGUGGUUCAAUAUUCUCAGAACAAAUCCAGCACUGUGCCUGAACUACAAAACAGAUUGCACAGCUUGGGCUACAACGUGGGAUCUAAAAUAAUCGAUUUAUAUUUCGUCCGUGAACGUAACGCUAAACGCGAGAUCAAGCUGCUUAAUAUACUGCUGUUUAUUAAAUCUACCCUGUGGAAGGCUUUGUUUGGUCGUGAAGCUGAGAAGUUGGAGCAUUCCAAUGAUGAUGAGAACACCUACUAUUUGAUGGAAAAAGAACCACUGGUGAACAAGUUUAUUUCAGUGCCGAGGGAUAAAGGCAGUUUGAACUGUGCUAUUUUUAUUGCUGGGAUUAUAGAAUCAGUAUUGACUGGCACUGGUUUUGCGGCGAAAGUCACAGCGCAUUGGCAUAAAGGUACGACGUACAUGGUGAAAUUUGAUGAAUCUGUUGUGGCCAGAGAUAAGCAAUUGGAAGAUAAAUGAGUUUAGAUGUUGACAUUCCAAAGCAAUUUGUAUUUGUUUUAUAAUUAUUUAAGUAUAAAUUAAAAGCGUGGAUUAUGUUUUA